CCUGCGACAUCUUCCAAUUCUACCUAACUCCUUAUUCUUCUCUUGGGAGAACAUCAACUCACCAAAACGACGACAGUCUACGGUCUUCGACAGCGGAAGAUGGCGACUCGUCUUCUGCUACUUUUCACGUUCCUGCGCUUGGGGACAACACUUCCGGACUUGGAAGACAACAUGGUGCCCACUGACGAGCAGAUACUUAAUGCGCUUCUUCAGCAGGAGAAAACUCAUCCAUUGGAGCAGGGUCAGCCAGAAGUAGAAGAUUCGCUAGGGCUACCUUCGGACGAAGAGAGCUACAACGAACUGAAGGCACAGUUCGCUUUGGGACUUCCCUUCAUCGGUGGCACCCGCUUUUACAUCUCUGAUUCAUUCCCCGAGGUGGACGCCCGAGGUUUCCAUGAGUCAGUAUUCGACGGUUUUAACGAAUACUAUCCUCAGUCAAGGCGUCUGAAGAGGGACCCACUCGGUAUCAAUUCUCGAGGAUUUCAUGAUGAUGUCUUCAAUCGAGAUUUCGGAUCUUUCCAUACGGUGAAAAGAGCCAAAACGAGACAUACUGCACCUCACAUGAAGGACACAGCCUUACAUAGGUACAUCGGGCAUCAUGCCCCAAUAAAACGAAAGAAGAGGGAAACAGAGGAACCAAGCGAAGCAGACAAAGUGCAAGGAGUAAAACAGAUAACUUCUGAGGGGCAUAAGGAACGACAGGAGUCCAACUCCAACAGACAUCAGAGAGACACCUCCAACGUCGAUAUUGGGGAUGCCAUAGUCAAAAGACAGCCCGAUUUGGACAACGGUGGAUUCAAUGGUGACAAAUUCCGUGAAGCAUACAGCGAUAUCUGGACCAUGGAUCGUGAUGCAGUUAACUCGUCAGGGCAAUAUGACUCAGAUAAUUACUGGAUAACGCACAAACGGAAACUUGGAAUUGGGCCAUCAGGGUUUCACGGAGAUACCGUCACUAACGGAUUUGGAGAUUUCUCAACGAUGAAAAAACCUAUAAUUCAACGCAAUUCAGAGAAAAUUAACAAUGAAUUUUACAAAUCAGGAACCGACAAACGAAAACCAGAAAUGGAUUCAACUGGAUUUCACGGAGACACAUUCAGUAAUGGUUUCGGAAAUUUCUGGACAAUGAAAAGAAAGAGCGGAGAGAUCAGGAAGGAGAACGCACUUGACCUUAAGGAACACAAGAGACGUCCAGAAAUGGACUCCUCCGGUUUUCAUGGGGACACAUUUAAAAGUGGAUUCGGUGAUUUCUGGACCAUGAAGAAAAGAAGACCGGAAAUGGAUUCUUCUGGGUUUCAUGGAGAUACAUUUAAUAGUGGAUUUGGGGACUUCUGGACCAUGAAGAAAAGAAGACCAGAAAUGGAUUCUUCUGGGUUUCAUGGCGAUACAUUUAAUAGUGGAUUCGGAGACUUCUGGACAAUGAAGAAAAAGAAGCCAGACAUGGAUCCAUUGAGAUUCAAUAGAGAUCUCUUUAAUGGCGGCUUCGGAGAUUUCUGGACUACGAGCAAAAGGAGACAGGAGAUGGAUUCUUCAGGUUUACGUGGAGACACAUACAGUAGUGGGAUCGGUAACAUUUUGACCUUAAAGAAAAGAAGGCCUAAAAUGAACUCUGCGGUUUUUCACAGCAAUAUAUUUCCUAGUGGAUUUGGAGAUUUUUGGCCUAUAAAUAAAGGUAAAACCGAAAUUGAUUCAUCUGGAUUUCAUGGAGACACAUUUAAUAGUGGAUUUGGAGACUUCUGGUCUGUGAAAAAAAGGAGACCUGAAAUGGAUUCUUCAGGUUUUCAUGGAGACACAUUUAGUAGUGGAUUUGGAGACUUCUGGCCUGUGAAAAAAAGGAGACCUGAAAUGGAUUCUUCGGGUUUUCAUGGAGAUACUUUCAAUAGUGGAUUUGGAGAUUUCUGGACUAUGAAGAAGAGGAUACCAGAAAUGGAUUCAUCUGGAUUUCACGGUGAUACUUUUCAUGGAGAUUUUGGCAACUUUUGGACAAUGAAAAAGAGAUCGAGUUUCCGAAAUAAUUAUAUAAACGACCAUAACGUUCAACCUUACAACAAUAGUAAUGACGAUUCAGUAAACGCCCCCAGUUCUAAGAGUCGUUAAGCCACUGCAAAACGAUAAUAAAUGAAAAGGCAACUUAAGUUUCACUUUAUCAGUACAACAGAUAUUAGUUAUGCCUAUAUAAAUACUCCAAAUUUGUCACUGUUUAUCAUGUCCAGACUGAGUAAUAAAACAUAAAUUUCACUCGCAAACACGUGAAAAUCAUUACUCUGAGUGCAGCAAAAUACAGUAUCCGCUCUUAUAAAUUAAAAUGAUUACUACACUGCUGGUCUCUCCAAUUCUCAACUUUUCUCCGCGUUGCAUCUUGUUUCAGGGGGGGAUAUAGCUCCAUUUUUGUAGCUCAUGAAGCAAUCUAUACCAAUCGACGUUUCUGGGUGUUUUAUAUUCUAUAAAUCUAUCUGUGACCAACACUAUUUCCAGUCUUGCAACCAUUUUGUGCAUAACAUUUUCUUUACGCAGCGGCAGGAGAUAAAAAAAAGUAAAAUAUGACAUCCUUUCUUACUUACGAUACUUUUUGCCUUCUUAUAUGAUUUAAACACUGUCUGCUUCACUUGUAGUCUAUCUUCCCAUUUUUCUCGGGUAUUCCCACUCUCUUCGCGGCACGUAUAAUCACUUAGAUAUUCUCUUACCUGCUAUUCAGUGUGCGUGAAGUGGCCACUAGUUCCUGACUAUCUACUUUAUCGUUCGAUUCUUCCCUAAAUUCCUCUUUUCUUUCUUAUAUCCUUUCUAAAUCUAACAAAUCUCAUUUCAUUUAUAAUAAAUGUUCUUUUGUCUCAAUUCAUGUUUCACUUCCCUAGAACAAACUUCGCACCGGUAUGACCUCACGGAACUGUGGCAAUCACUUCUGUCUCACUUCCGCUUCAUAACAUGAUUCAUGUAGCUCAAAUUUUCUAUAUUUUUAUCUAAUUUCCUCUUACCGACCGAGUGACCGCCGCUUGUCGGCGAAGUUAGUGCCAACU